AAGCAUGGCCCACAUUCUUCUUACUGACCUGCUGGAUCACCUGGAGCAGGAUGAGCUGAAGAGGUUCAGGUUUUAUCUUAUUGACCAAACUCUGGAGGGUUUCAAACCCAUUUCAAGAGGCCAUUUGCCUAAAUGUGAACACUAUGAUGUAACAUACAUUGUGGAGAAGAUGAUGGCAGCCUAUGGUGAUGAAAGAGCCCUGAAGAUGACAAUGCACAUCCUGGGGAAGAUCCCCCGCAAUGACCUGGUACAGAUGAUGGAGCGUGAAAUGGAGAAGAGUUGCAGGGUUCAUCUGCAGAGAGCUGACUCCCAAACCCCGAGUUGUCUACAGAUGAACACUGGCCAUACUAUGGAUACCCCAGUUGUAUUCAAGCAGGAGGCCUGUACUCAAAAUGAGGGGGUUCAUCUGCAGAGAGCUGAUUCAUCAACUGCGAGUUGUCUAUCCAUGAAGACUGACCAUUCUAUGGAUCUUUCUAUUCUUUUCAAAGGAGACUUUACUCAAAAAGAGGAUGUUCAUCAGGAGAGAGCCGAGUCACCAACUCUGAGUUUUGUAUCAGCAAAGAGUCACCAAUCAAUGGAUAUGGAUGAGAAGGAGGAGGAGGAGGACGAGGAGGAUGAGGACAAGGUGGAGGACUCAGCUCAAAAAGAGAACAACAAUUUGAAGCAUCUCCAGCUAUGUAAAGCUAGUCAUAUGUCUAUGAGUGACCAGAGUGACCAGUCAGUGAGUUCAAUCAGCAUAGACCCAAGUGAUGAUGGAGACCAACCCAGGAAUGAAAGCAUCUGCAGGCCAGAAGAGAUGCUCUGUGAUGUCUGCGAGGUCAAAGCUGUGAAGUCCUGUCUGACCUGCAACCUGUACUACUGUGAGACCCACGUCAGGAAGCACUACACAGUACCUAAACUACAGAGACACACCCUGGUGGAGGUGACUGGAGACCUGGAGGAGAGACUCUGUCAGGAACACCACAGAGCUCUGGAGGUGUUCUGCAGGACAGACAAGGUGCUUAUCUGCAGCCUGUGUUCAGUGACAAAGCAUAAAGGACAUGAUACCAUCUAUGAUGCGAUAAAACCAGCUAGAAGACAGGUACCGGACGAAGAACAAAACCAAAGUCUGACUUUAAUUGAAGUGCUGCCCCCUCCUGGUGACAUCCACUUCCUGUCGGUGACAUCAGACUCUGUGUCUUUGAGCUGGGGUUCUCCUGAGGGGGUUAAAGGGCCACACCAGUUCAGAGUGACCUGGACGUGCGAUGGGGAACUCAGCCGCCUAAGAGUUAAAGCUGUGCUUAAUGUUAAAAUAAAGGACCUCAAACCUGGUAAAAGGUAUGAGUUCAGCGUGGCCACAGAGGGUGAUAAUGACAGUCUAAGCAGAUCGGUCUCAGCAUCUAAAUCAACAGUGGUCCCACCACCGAGGGACUUAAGAAUUGACCAUUCAGAGAUCUACUGGACUAUCCACUGGUCCAAAGCUCACAGAAUGGAGCAAACCCCUCAGUGCUUCCUCAUAUCCUACAGCAGCCCAGGAACAGAGCCCAAGGCAAUACAUAUUGAAGACUGCCAUAUGAGACUCUCUGACCUGCGACCUGGCACUCAGUACACUGUCAGCGUCUUUACUGUGCUGAACAAUGGGGAACAGAGUGAACCUAUCUCUAAAACCAUCUGCACAAAGCUCAGCCUGAAAUCAUACAUUCAGAAAGUGGGACUGACAGACCAUUGUAUGAAGAAACUGUCAGUGAAAACCAUGCUGGCACUUGAUGACCAAAUGCUAAAAGAUGCUCCAACUCCUCAAUCCUCACCUUUGUGUUUUCUGAAGAAACUGGUGAGAAUGAGCGUGUCUGCAAGGAAUGUGAAGUGCUUCUUUCCAGAGGAAGAAGGUCAUAUAAUUGUAAACCCCCUAGACCUUAUCACAGCCCUGUUUCUGUGCUCAGAUGGUUUCCUGCAGCAGGAGAUGGUCAAGAAAAUGUCCAUGUGUCAGUUUGCUGUUCCUCUCCUGCUGCCAAACUGUGACACAGAACAAAACACUCUGAUGCUGUGGGCCUUGAGAGACAUAGUGAAGAAGUUUAGACCGUCUUCACAAGUAGACACAAAGUCCUUCAUGGAGGAGAGAGUUGUGGAUUCUGAUAUUCCUAUGGUGUCCUUUGUUAGGCUAGGAGAGUGUAGCUUGUCCAAGUCUCAGAUUUUGAAUAAGUUGCUCAGUAACCCUCAACAGUACCCUGACACAUUUGUUCAUCAUGAAAUGGAAUGUGGUAAUGUCCCUCGUACAAUCUCAGAUGGAGUGGUUGAAAUCAGCUGGUACUUUCCAUGUGGGAACCGAAACAUAGACAUGUUCACUAAGCCUGUGGCGGUGGCCAAUCUCAGAGGAGACAUCAGGUCCUUUGAAACACAGUUCUCCUUUCUGUGUCAAACAUCAGCUGGAGUUUACAUUUUCACUGAUGAUUUCGAGUCAGAUAUCAAGGUGUUGAAAACCAAAGACACAAAGGCAGAGUUAUUUCUGGUUGUCAGCUCACAGAGAAAAACAUUCACAGAAAGCACAUUGACAAAAUUCACCACGGAAUUCAGUAUCAAGCCAAAAAAUGUGAUUGUUAAGGGAAAUAAAAAUGAUGCAGAAUUGGUAAAAAUGUUACAGUCAUCUGUCUGUGACAUCAUUGAAAUGAUUCCAAACAGAUUGACAAUUGAAAACAUGGCUGACGUAGCUCGUCAGAAUGGGAUUCUGGUUGAUGAAGACAUCGAUGAGUGUCAGAGUGCCAAGAAGAUGGCAGAUGAAAUCACCAACAACAUAAAAGACACAGUGAAAUUCAAAGACAAGCAACUACCCUUACAAGGGCAAGUCUGGAAAGAGAUAUCCCAGUUGGAGAAAGAGCGAUGUAGACUGAGAAAAGCAGGGAGUCAAGACAUUGAACACUACAAGAGCUCUCUGAAGAGAAUGGAGAAAGAGCUGAGAGAGAAGCAACAAAGAUUUGAUAUGACAGAAGCAAUGACAAACUUCAUAACUGGCAUGUCAAGUUCAAAAGUGGAGCGAUCUUAUUUCCUCAAAUGGAUGCAGAUUAAUCUGGACAAUCUCUCUCGGCAGAACUUGUCUGGUUUACGGGAACGGUACAAAGAGCAUUGUCAAAAUCAUCCAGAGAAAAAAGACAUUGCAGAUUUGGAUAGGAAAAUGUCUGAUUGUUCCUUGGGUCUUGAACACUUCAUACGUGAGUUGGGACAGUUAUAUGAGUCUGCCUGCUCCCUCCCUGAAGACAGUCCUCAAAGGAAACGGAUGGAGCAUCUCCCUGGAUUGUGUGCUAAGAUGCUGUUGGAUGGUUUCCCCAUUGAGCUUGUGGAUGGAGAUGCAUCAAAUAUCCCUCUGAAAUGGAUAUCAGCUGUACUGACUCAGCUUCACACUCUUGUGAAAUCCAACAGCAAGAUUAGGGUUGUGACAGUUGUAGGGGUCCAAAGCACAGGGAAGUCUACUCUCCUCAACACCAUGUUUGGGGUCCAGUUUGCUGUCAGCAGUGGAAGAUGCACCAGAGGCGCCUUUAUGCAACUUAUAAACGUCAACAAAGAACUCAAGAAGGAACUGAAAUGUGACUUCAUCAUGGUCAUUGACACAGAGGGGUUGAAGUCACCAGAGUUGGCGCAAGUAGAUGAUAGCCAUGAACAUGACAAUGAAUUGGCAACACUGGUGAUUGGACUAAGUGAUGUCACAAUUAUCAACAUGGCCAUGGAGAACUCCACAGAAAUGAAAGACAUUCUACAGAUCGUGGUCCAUGCUUUUAUCAGGAUGAAGGAAGUGGGGAAGAAGCCAGUAUGUCAUUUUGUGCACCAGAAUGUGUCAGACAUGUCUGCUCAUGACAACAACAUGAGGGACAGGAAGACGUUGUUGGAACAGUUGAAUGAAAUGACCCAAGCAGCAGCUAGAAUGGAGAAGGAGAAUAUCACCAAGUUCACUGACUUGAUGGAGUAUGACCCACACACAAGUAGCUGCUACAUCCCAGGACUCUGGCAUGGGACUCCCCCUAUGGCUCCUGUCAAUGCUGGCUACAGUGAGGCGGUGUACGACCUCAAAAAGAGCUUGAUGCAAGACUUCAUAAAAUGCCCGAAAAAUGAUGACUUGACACAUUUCCUGCAGUGGACACAAAGCUUGUGGGAGGCAGUGAAAUUUGAGAACUUCAUCUUCAGUUUCAGAAACAGCUUGGUUGCAGAUGCAUACUCUAGAUUAUGCUCUGUGUACAAUGGUUGGGAAUGGGCUUUCCAGAAGGAGAUGUAUAAAUGGAUGGUGAGUGCUGAAACAAACAUUUCCAAUUUUGGCAUGACAGAUCAAAAUCCCCAGAGGUCCAUAAAAGAUGUGCUAAAAGACUUGAUGAGAGAAGCGUAUGAGAAACUUUCUGAGGGAGAGAAGAAAAUCCAAGACAAUAUAGUAAAUUUUUUUGAAAAGCAAGAUGGCCAUGUCAAUCUGGUGGAAAAAUACAAAGAGGACUUUGUGUCCAGUGCUAAAACACUGAGACGAGAGACAGAAAACACUGUGAAGAACAAACUGCAAGGAGUUGUUGAAAUCAAAGAGGGAAUGACAGAACUGAACAACAUCAAGAGCUCUCAGGCAAGUACAAUGGAAAAGAAGGUCCUGGCUCUGUUGCAGAACUGUAGAAAGAAAGAAUCUGUUCUAUCAGAUAAGGAACUCAGUGAAGAGUUUGAAAACAUGUGGAAGGAAACUCUGUCUGAGAUACACUUCAAAACACUCCCAAAAAUAGUUGUGGUUCAAGAUGCCUUCCUCAUGUUACGUGAUAAUCUGUUAACGAGGGGGAGUCAUGCCAACAAGAUGUUGGUUGGAAACAGUCUGGUGGAUUGUGGGAAAAAAGCCUUUGUAGUGGUUUUGGUAAAGAAACGUAGGAGCUUAGUUAAGUACUAUGAUCUCGACCAUCACAGGAAGAAACUACAAGAGUUGUGUGAUGACAUCAUAACACAGUGUCAUGAGUUUAUAACCCAGAAGGUGGAAAGCAAAACAGAUUACCAUGAUACUUACAUCAAAGAGCUGCUUAUAAUGAUUGAUGAAGCACUGCAACAAAACAACAAAUGUAAAGUCAGUGAAGAAUGUGAGGUUUCCCUCAAACUACACAUCUGUGGCAUAGCAGCCAGAGAAUUUCAAAAGAACCAUGAUCAUUUCUUUGCCGUCAAUGAUCCAAGGAAGUGUCUGGAACAGUCUAAGAACAAGUACCUUACAGAGUUCAAAGAUUUGUUUCGGGACCGAGACCAGUGCCAAAAGAAAGCAGAGGAGUUCACAAAGCUGUGUUUACAGCCAGCUGUACAGGACUAUGUGACCAAAUUGAUUGGUCCUGAUGUGGUUGAUGAAGUGAAGACAGGUAAAGGGUCAGAGGAUUACAGCACCCGAGGAGCUUUCCAGUUCUCCAUUUUAAAACAGCUCGUGACUGAUGGGAAAUUUGAGAAAUACAGAGAAUACAUAAACCAUUAUGAAAGGUUUGUGAAGGACUGGCUGUUUGACCAGAUUGUCAAACAACUCUCAAAGGACCGUAGUCUGCAGAAAUUGGAGAAGAAACAUCUUUCAGAGAUAGUCAAGAUAAUCACUAACUCAAUUUCUAUCAUCAGAAAUACGUCUAGCCCUGCAAAUGAUAUCAAGACUUUCAUUCAGAACAUCUGCAGUGCCCUUGUAGAGAAGCUUGUCUUUACAAAGGAUGCUCUGGAUUUGAUCUUGAUUAUGAACACUGCAGACACAGAACAGUUUGCUGGCUACUUAACAGAGUUUGUGGGAGAAAUGGAGAAGUCACUGGAAGCUGAGUAUGAUCAGAGGACUGAUAUCAGAGAGAGGCUCAGAUCUCUGCCAUUCAAGCCUCGGGACAAGAUGUUCACCAGUCUGUUUGGCUGUGGGGAGGUAUGUCCCUUCUGCAAAGCACCCUGUGAAGCAGGGGGAAAGGAGCAUGACAAACACUUUACCUCCAUUCACCGUCCACAAGGUGUCAGUGGUUUGGAGUGUUCAGAGACAACAGUGUUAGUGACUGACAUAUGUUCCUCUGAUGUGAUUAGUGACAACACAUUCCAGACCACCCUGACAGGAGACAAACCUCACCCCUACAAGGACUACCAGACAUAUUACCCUGACUGGAUCAUAACUGGAGAUUCCAGCAUUGAGGCUACAGACUACUGGAAGUAUGUGAUGGCCAAAUUCAAUGCAAGAAUAGCUCAAGACAAAGGGUCAGUUCCCGCUCAUAUCCCAGAGGACUGGAAGGCAUUAACAGCUGAUGAUGCAAUGAAGAGCUUGAGAUUGUCAUUCAACAUAAAAUAAAGUGGAGAAUUUUAACAAGCCUAUUGUCAACCCACAAUACAAUUGUUCAUUCAAAGAUUUCAGACAUGGCAUGACGUAACUCACCUUGUAUGUGUGUAUGUAUGUAUAUGAUAUAAUAUCUUCAUUCCAUUAUACAAUAACUUCACCUAGAACAAUAAGCACACCGACAACACACACACACACCGACAACACACACACACACACCGACAACACACACACACACACACCGACAACACACACAC